UACCCGCGCGGCAACCACUGGGCGGUGGGACACUUAAUGGGAAAAAAGAGCACAGGAGAGUCUCCAUAUGUUUAUGAGGGAGGGAGCAUGAAGGAACAGCUGAGGGAGUACCUUCACCGGGGAGAAGCUACAAGGAAUUUGCUGACCCUCCUAGAAGCAAAGGGGACCCGAAGCUAUCAGCCGUCUCAGUGGGAGCCCCUGGGCAUCCGCCAGUCUACUUGGGGUUCAGAGGACAGCAGCAACUUUAAAGACAUCAGUUCAAGACUCAAAGGUUCUCAACGUGAUGGAAGGAACCCCCAGCUGAACUGACAAUGACGGACGAUGGCGACCUCUCUCAAAGAAGCAAAACAAAACCCUUAAGAGACUGUGUUCUAUGGGCAUCCAUUCUCCUGGAUCAGCAACGAGUUUCCUUUGUGCAAAAUACUUAACUAUUCUUGUAUCUUUCAACUUUGACUAAAGUCAUGAUUUUCAAGCAGCCUAUCUUCUGGUUUGAACUUGUUUGCUACGAAUAAUUGUCCAUUCAAGAGUCUUCCAAUGAAUGCUCUUUACAUGUAGGCUAUUUGUCAAUUAGAUUCUAGGCCCCAGCCUGUUCCCAUUCACAAUAAAAGC